AUGAGCAGAUAUCUAAAUAUUCUUGAUAAAAUUGAUUUGUUUGGAGUGUAAAUAUCUCUUCUAACAAAUAAAAAUAAUCCUACCUUUCAAAGCAAAAUUGGAGGAGUGAUUUCCUUUUUUUUGAGUAUCAUCAGCUUUUCUUAUCUAAUAUUUGUUUUAGUAAUGUGGAUAAAUAACGAAAUACCUCCAAACAUUAGUUCAAAAUAACAAACAAAAGGUUAUGGAGAGUUUUAAUGGUCUGAACCUUUAAUAUAGAUCACCCUUUAAGAUUUUACAACUGAUAUUGAUCCUUUUAGGAAAGAAAACAAUAUUAUCACUCCAUUAUUAUUUAAAUUGGAUAAUUUUAGAGUUUAAGAAGAACCUAUUAUUUUAUAUAGUGAAGAAUAUGAUUAUUCCUCAUUAUUUGUCAAUAAUGGAUCUUUGAUUUUAAAUAAUGCAUAUUAAUAAGAUGAGAAUCAUAAAACAAUGAAAGAAUAUUUAUUAGUUCUUUCAAUAUGUAAAAAUAGUUCUUUAAAAAAUGGAAGUUAUUGUGCUGAUUAGGAAAUAAUUAACGAAUAUUUAUCUAAACAUCAUGGAUUUUUAAUCUUAACAAUACGAUUAAAUUAAUUUAAUUAUAUUAAUCAAAAAUUAGAAAAUUUUGUUAAACAAUAUUACCAAUCUUUUGAUCCUCGAAAAUCUUCCUAUUCUUAGGUUAUGUUAAAAUAAUAAGAAACAAUUAUAGAUGAUGGAAUUUUAUUUAAGAAUGAAAAGUAUUAUAACUUUCUUAACAAUUAUGAAUUAAUUAAUCAAGAAGUCAGCUCAGAGUUUAUGCCAGAUACAGUUGCUUUUAUUUCAAAUGGAAAUUAUCAUUUGAACAUUUCUAGUUCAUAUCUUUUUAGGAUAGACAAUAUAUCAAUCAAAGAAGAGAUUACAAUGCCAAAACUUGGAUAGGUCUUAGCUUAGAUUGGUUCUAUAGUUUAAUUAAUAUUUUUGUUAAAAUAUGUGGCGAUAUAUUAUAAUAAUAAAUUACUAGAAAAUUAAUUGUUUCAUGAUAUAAUAUCAAUGUACUAUCCAGAAUUUAAAAAUAUUAAAAUCAACAUAUUCAAUAAAUUUGAAUUUAAAGAAGAUUUUAAUUAAUUUCAACUUCCGAUUUAAAACUUACAAUUAAUAUAUGUUACUUUAUUAAAACGAGCAAAAGAAAAAUGUAGGUUAAAUAAUAUUCUUUAUGAAAUUUCAAGAAUUCAAUUUAUUCUUGAAUAAUAAUUUGGAAAUCGUAUUUUAUAAAAUAGCCACCAAUUAGGAAAGAAAUUUUCAAAAAAUAUUAGUGAAAUAGUGUCUGAAAAAAUACCUGAAUCAAAUAGAUUAGUUAUCUGGCCUGCUGAUUAGAUUUAACAAGAACAAGAAUAAGAUCUAAUAUUUAAAGAACCCAUAGAAUUACUUAUAAAAUAGGAAUGA